UGGAAUGCAGUAGCUCUGUGGGCUUGGGACAUUGUGGUUGAUAACUGUGCCAUUUGCAGAAACCAUAUUAUGGACCUAUGCAUAGAAUGUCAAGCGAACCAAGCAUCAGCUACCUCUGAAGAGUGCACAGUUGCAUGGGGUGUCUGCAAUCAUGCUUUCCACUUCCACUGCAUCUCUCGCUGGCUCAAAACUCGCCAAGUAUGUCCGCUGGACAACCGGGAAUGGGAGUUCCAAAAGUAG